UUUCCGAGAUAUGUCGAGAUCCUCUAGCCCCAGCACCAACGGCUGCUCGAGCGUGUCGUUGUUGUGGCCGCGCGCUCACAUCCAUGUUGAUGUCGGGGUGGAUGUGGAGGGAGAGGCCGGGCCUGGAGCAGCGCUCAGGAAUUUUCUCGCAGCCUUCGGAAACAAGCACCUUAUUAAGGCUGCAAUUGAGCUGCAGCAUCGACUUUCAGCCUUGAUCCGCUGCGCAUUUCUGAUGGCGGAACUUCUCAUUCACGGCGAGGAUAAAUCGUCUCCAUCUUCCUUUGGAGCAGGUUCUGGUUCCACACCGAGGUCGCGCAUUCAACCUGAUCCAUGAGAACAUCGCGCCUGAACCGCGUCGGGACAUGGACUACUCUAACAGCUACAGUUCUGGAGACGCAGUGAAUGCCUCCUUAGGCAACAUGAGCAUCAACGACCAGCACCACCAGGAGAACGGGGUUCAGCACAAGAUGAAAGUUCGUAACUUAGCGUUCCCCAGUCUGCGACCCUCACUAGUGCUGGCCUUGUUUCCAUGUCCACUUAUUUUUGACAGACCGCUUCUGCCUGACAGUGCGAACGGAUCGUGUCUCCACAACAGAACACAUCAGGAUGACUCAGCGCUCCCUGAAAAUGGGUUGAAAUGUGUGUCUGAAUCUGAAGUGAGCCACGGAGGAGACGAGGUGCAGCCUGAAUCUGAUCUAUCUGACUGGGUUCGUUCUGCUUCAGCGAUGGCGGCUGAGACGGAGGCUGCAGAGAAAUCUGUCGCUGAUGUCUCUGAUCUUGAGAACGUCAACACCACUCAAGAUGAGGGUCAACUGGCAGCAGGAGGAGCCGCCCCGACAGCUCAAGCAAAGAUGGACAACGGAUCUGCUGAGAAGUCUGCAUCCACCACCAAACCUCCUCCCUCCUCUAAACAACCUCCCACCCUCACCAAGGUCAAAUCUCCUGCUUGCUCUCGUAAUGGUCCCAGUUCCAUCCCAGUUAAAACCAGCAGUCCGGGACCCGGAAGUCCUGCUGGGGCCAAGUUUCAGUCUCCAGGAGCCAAAACCAGGACUGGAUCUCAGCCAGCCAAUUGUCUGACUCUGCCCGUGCCAAAAUAUGAAAAAGACGCUAAAAGUGGACAGAGCAGCCCUGGAACUCCCAAAUCCCCAUCUAGCCAGGCUCUGUCUACCAAGUCUGCAGCUGAAGUCAACAAGGUGAAAAAAGUGGCGGUGGUCCGGUCCACGCCAAAAUCUCCAGGCUCCCUCAAGAGCCGGCCUCCGGCGCCUCUGGUCGCUGCCGCCGCCGCCGGUGCACCGCUGCCGGAUCUGAAGAAUGUCCGGUCCAAGAUCGGGUCGACAGACAACAUGAAACACCAGCCUGGAGGCGGGAAGGUCCAAAUCCUUGAUCAGAAGGUGGACUAUAGUAGUGUCCAGUCUAAGUGUGGCUCCAAGAGCAAUAUCAAACAUGUGGCCGGUGGCGGAAAUGUUCAAAUCCUGGACAAGAAGUUGGACCUGUCUAAUGUCCAGUCCCGCUGUGGAUCUAAAGACAACAUCAAGCACACACCCGGAGGAGGAAAGGUCCAAAUUCUGGAUCAGAAGCUGGACCUGAGCAAUGUGCAGUCGCGCUGCGGCUCCAAAGACAAUAUCAAACACGUCCCUGGGGGCGGAAACGUGCAAAUCGUCCAUAAGAAGGUGGACCUGACCAACGUGCAGUCCAAGUGCGGCUCCAAAGACAACAUCCGCCAUAAACCAGGAGGUGGAAACGUGGAGAUCAAGAACGAGAAGCUGGAGUUCAAAGUUCAAUCCAAGGUCGGCUCGCUGGACAAUAUCGGACACGUUCCUGGAGGUGGACAGAGGAAGAUUGAGAGCCACAAACUGACCUUCCGCGAGACGGCCAAAGCUCGCACUGACCACGGUGCCGAGAUCAUUUCUCUGGAAGAUUCUGAUCAGCAGCUCAGCACCAUGUCGUCCUCCGGCAGCAUCAACAUGGCCGACUCUCCGCAGCUGUCUACGCUGGCCGACCAAGUGUCCGCCUCUCUGGCCAAACAAGGCUUGUGAGCGCCUCCGCGUCCUCGCUGUCCACCUCCACCGUACGACCACUAGAGGAGCCGUUAGCCUUCCUGUUUUAUUUUCACUGGACUUUUUUUUAGCUUCUCGUCACGUUCGUCCUUCACUUCCCUCCUAAACUGGUGCGGCUUGACAGGUUUUGUGUACGAAUGAGAAAGUUGAGCUGGUUUGAUACUCGUGUCAGUGAAGCUCUUUUUUUCUUUAUUUUUCUAAGUGUCCCUUUAAGAGUUAAGAGCAGCAAAGACAUCAGACAUAUCCUCCGAAAUUAAACUUUUAAUUUCUCUUCUCCUAUAAUCUGCCAUUAAUAAUUUGGUUUUAUUUGGACUAUUCUAUUGGUUUUAUUUUAUUUUUGUUAUUUUGGGGCUUUAUGGGAUGAGAGAUUGCAAAGCCUUCUGUUAGCGCUGAUAGCAGUUACAGGGUGUGUGUGCGAGUAAAAGAGAAGUAGCUACGUUCGCUUCAGGCAGGGACCUCCGGCCUCGCUGCUUUCUUCACGACUACUGGUUUAAGAAAAAGGCAAAAAAAAAAGGCUAGUGUAGAACUGUCGAUUUGUGUUGGGCACAUUUUUAUAACCGUACUCUGUGGAUUUAUGACAUGUAUUUGAUAUGAAGAAACAUUUGUAUCGUGCCUGCUGCUGUCUGUGUUUUUUAAGUUUGUCGCGGCUUCAUCGUGAAUGCGUUCCCGAGAAGAUUUCACUUCGACAGCCAAACUCAGUAUUUAACCGUGAUAACGGUCGGCGCGACCAUCGGCAUUACAGAGCAAAAGUGUGUAGGGUCGGCUCAACACUUAGAUGAAUAGGGGUAAAAAAAAUUGGUUUAUCAGUCAUCGACUGUUUUUUUUUGCACUUUGGUUUGGUGCUGCUCCCAUAAGUAUGUAGACGUUACUCAAGCAGAGCCCUUUAGGGGCCUCGAACCGGCUCUACAAGGGCCGCAGCAGGUGCAGGGUUCCUCUCGGUUGGUUAGAAUCAAGGACUCCCUUUCACCAGUCAGGUGUCUGAAGACUAGCAGUUAGUGUGGUGCUGUUCGUUUGAGCUGACACCUGAAACCCGCACCCGCUGCCGCCCUCUUGUGGAGCGGUUUGAGAAUCAACAUUGAGCGGUCUCUCCGUGGUGACGAGGGUAAUGAACCAGCUCGUGGAUUAAAAGGAUUCCACUCCGUUUAUUUUUGCAAUUGAGCUAGAAGGCGACGCGAGCGAAUGCGCUGUGUUAUUCCUGUUUGGUCUCCAAAACAGUUGAAUCUUCUACUAUCCCAACAAGUCCAGACAUCACGUUUAUUGUGACUUAAAAGCAAGCUGGUCUUCACCGGAAAAAGUGACUGAACUAUGUUCAAAAAUCAUGAACGUCCACAUGCUUUUGGGCUGAAAGGUUUUCCUGAGAUAACCGUCACUGUUUAGAAUAAAAAAAAAAAACCCAAACCAAACACACUCGCAUCUUCACUGUCAUGAUCGAGUCUUGCAUGCAGCUGACAAGAGACGAUGGUAAAUCUGAAGCUUCUGGUUGCGGAGGGAACUGCAGGGUGUGUGUGUGUUCGCGUAUGUCUGCGUUGGGAAACAAACAGCGUUAGAAAAAGAAAAGCUCCCGCACUUUAAUCCCAGUGUAGAUACAAACCAGUGAAUCUCCUGAGAUCAGUUUUUAUCUGCAUGCCGACUCGUCGCCGCCUCCUCCUGGAACACCUCAUGGAUGUGAGUGAUGCUGGACGCCAAGGGAUGUUGUGGUGCUUCUCCUCCACCCGUGUGCGUGUGCGUGUCCACGCUUCCUUCAGCUCUCGGUUUCUCAUCUGACGCUGUACAGUUGUGGAAAUGUGAUCGUUAUCGUUAUUGUGCAUUUGAUCAAUAACUGGUUCAUGAUGAUUCUUGUUGCUGUGUAUUUGAAAAUAAAAGCUAUGAAGUCACUGUGGUUGUGGCAACGUGAUUCAGUGAACAUUCAUGUACCUCCAGCCUCUUCAGUUCAUCUGACUUGGAACAGAAUCAGGCGAAUGAAUCGAUGAACCUUCACCUUGGUCAAACGACACCCAUUACUGCUGCAGCUCAGUCAGCGUCCGGGCCCCAGAGUGCCGACACCAGGGGCCGCCACAAGACAAACAUUCCUCUGAUACCACCACACCAGACCUGGGCCAGCCACGACAGUAUUUUGGUCAAGCUUUUAUUUAUUACAGUCUGUAAAACGAAGGGCAUUGAAAAAGAGAGUGGGACACUGUGAUCCGAGUUAAACAUAAAUGUUUUAAUGGUUCUAUUUACAAAAAAAAAACAAAAGAAAAAAAAAACAGUUUGGGUUGACUGGGGUUAUAACUGCAGCAACAAGAAAACAUUGACAUCAGAACUACCAAAGAAACGACAGUGAUUGAACGGCUGCGGCAGAGAAAUGAAAAACAACCAUCUUUUUUUGCAUAGCGAUUAGUUACUGGGGCAACAGGGGGCGACGAAAUCAACUCCUCAACGUUUUUCCCUUCGGUUGAAGAACCUGAGUUCACUGCUACGGCGGGAACGUUUUGUCGAUAGAUGAAGUGUUUUUUUUUUCUACUUCUGAGAAACAAGCAGAUUUCUUCAUUUUUAAAUUAGUGGUUGUCUCAGGGUGAGACGGCGUCAGCAUGCAGCAGCGCUCUCUUAGGGCAAGUGCUCAAAAUGAUUAAAAAAAAAAAAAAAAAAAAAAAUCAAACUAAGAGCCGAUGGAGGAAUGAUUCACUUCUUGGAGACACACGCCAGGACAGACAAAACAAACAGAAAAGGGAAUGAAAAUAAACUGACAAAGAAACAAGACUUGGCAGUUGGAGAAGUGCUCUGGUGACUUCAGGCGACCUGGAGGUGCAGACAGGGGGCGCCACAUCGCAAAUGUACCUGCUUAUUUGGAUGAGGAGACGAUCCGGUUUGUUAUUGUCACGCCACUAAAAUGUACAGGGAAUCACAAGCAAACUAGAGGAUAGAAAACACCCUUUGGCCGUGUUGUUGAGGAGUCGCUACAUAGUGCGCUACCAGUGGACACGCGACGUACGACACACCACUAAGCCCCCGUGUACAUCGUUAGCCUACUACACACAUCUUUUUUUCUAGCACGUUUUAUUUAUUUACUUUUUUUACACUUUUGUUUUUCCUGUGACAAAAACGCGUGAGGGGGGGAAAGGCUUCUAUCUCCAUCUUCACUAAAAACUGUGAAAAGUAUCGACUGAUGUUUGAAUAUCAAACAGGGCGAGCGGCCACGCAUCAGCAGGAGGCGCCGCACACCAGCGGUCAGUCAUUCAUCGGUGGGCGGAGCUCUUGUGUUUGGGGCCAAGGUCAUCCUCGCACUGCAGAUCCAAGUCGUCCGAGUCCAGUCUCCCGUAAGCCGUCGCUCGACAACCUGAGAUGCUGCGAAUCCGGGGCCGAUUGUGUUCACUGUCCGACUCAGGCUCCAGGACCGGGUCCUCGGGCAUUGGGAAACUACGGCGUUCCCAUGGUGCCACAGUCUGGAAACAUGAGGGAGGGAAAGUGUCAGCCAUGUUGAGAUGAUGAGA